AGCCGUUUCAGUUCUACUUGCUUCCGCCUCUGAGCAGCAGCAGCUCGCUAAAGCCUCCACCUCCGCCAUGGGAGUCGGAUUGCGAGCCCGGCCACCCCCCACCCCUGGCCCAGCUGAGUCGCCGUCGCCGCGUCGAGUCCGUCAGCAGUCGGCGUCGGCAGCAGCCAGCAACGCCUCACAACAGCUCGUGUUCGUGCAGCUCUGCACAGCUCUGUGGUUUACACCUUAUUUCUUUGCUACGGAUGCGGAGGAUACUUUCGAGUCCUACGGAAUAUACAAGUCUCGACACCGCUUCAUCCUGCGUGGGCCGCACUCAAGACUUAAAGCGCUUCUCGAGGGAGACUUCAUCCUCGACCACUGUCGGAACCUGACGGUCAUGGAGUCCUUGCGGAAGUCUCCAAAAGCUGCUGCGGACGGCCAAACCAUGGCGAAGGAAGAAGUCCCGUCGCAGGGACCGAACGAAGAGACGUCGCUGCUGUCGCUGCCGGACGACGACCUGCUGAGCGUGCUGGAGUACCUGAGCACGCCAGACCUGCUGUCCUGCCGGGCGGUGUGUCAUCGCUUGCGGGACGUCGCUCUUCGGCCGGAGCUGUGGCGGCGACGCAGCUUUAACUUCGGGCGACGGCGGCCACGCAGCUUUGACGGCUCCGACUGCUUUGACUUCGGGCCACGCGACCUCCCCACGAGAAGUCUCGAAGCCGCCGUCCUGCGCGUGGCGCCGUGUGCCUCCAGCCUGUCCAUGUGGUUUGCAGCCCACAGCGACGCGCUCGGCACGCUGGCCGCCACGACCAGAUGCGCGGCGGCCGAGUUGAUCCUUGUGGUGGGCAACGACCCCGCGCGGAUGGAAGCGGCCAAACUCGUGAUCCGCAACCAGGCGGCGCUGGGGACGCUCAGGACUCUAAACGUGUCCGUGGACAGCCUCAUAGCCAUCGACGCCCUCGCGGACCUGCUGGCGGAGGCCUUCUCUACCCAGGGCCUGACCCGGUUGGUCGUGUGGGUAGACCGGAAGGUGGAGUGGCCCAAGGGGUCUGAGCCCGCGCCGCUGAUCCCGGCGUCCAUCAAGGAGGUGGCCCUCACGAACGUGGACCCCCGCUUCGUGCACUGCGUGCUGCGCUCGCACGCCGCCACGCUGCAGGCCGUGAUGCUGAGGUGGGACUGCCAUGGCGUGGCGCCGCUGCUGGCCGCCAUCCCCGGGCUGCGGCACUUGGACUGCCCCGUGAUGGAGGACCUGCCGCUGGUGGCGAAGUGCGCGUCGCUGCGCUCCCUCAACCUGACCGUGAAGGAGUGCCACGACGAGGCUUCGUUCCAGGCCGCGGCGGCCUUCCUGCGCGCCGCCACGCACCUCGAGGAGCUGCAGCUUGAUGGCUACAGCCUGAGCUCCGUUCCCGUGGAGCAGGGGCUGCUGACGGCGCUGGCGUCCUCGGGCCGCGACGCGCUGCGGAAGCUGGGCUUCUCUUUCUUCACUGAACUCGACGACCGCCUCGAGAUGGAGCUGGCCUCGGCUCUGCCCGGACUGCCCGCCCUGGAGUGGCUCGUCCUGCCCCGCAGUGUGUUCCGGCGCGUCCAAGCCGCCAUCAACCCCGGCAGUUUGCCUCGUCUUCGCGGCCUCAGCAUUCCCGAAUGGACGUACGAGGCCGUGUGCGCGCACGCCUCCAUGCACGAGCCGGACGUGUGCCGCGUCCUCGCCAGCUACACGCACUUCCUCCUGGUCGUGAGAAACCGUUUGUGCGGGGAGCAGCGGCGGUGCGAGCACUGCGCCAAGGGCUGCCACGGCGUGCCAUGGCCAACUGGCGAGUUUCUGGUGGGCUUCUACACGCACGAAGCGCCCGGCAAGGAGGCAGUGGAUGGAUUGAGCUGGGGGUCUCCAUGCGAGACGUGGAUGAAAGUGUGAUGCGAUUCUUCUUUGCUCGUUUAUAGCGCGCUAGCAUUUUCAUCUUGAGUGCAAGAAUUGUUCUACGUAAUAUCAUCGUGAAGGUCCUCUAUGGAAUGUAAGUGUUGUGGAAGCGUAAGAACAUGUUCAAAUCAAUCUAUAGGAAAGACCAAUUCGUUAAAAUUUAAUGUUUGUUAUGUGGAAAGGACUCAAUUGCUUAUCUGUCAA